AUGACGAGAGAAGGGCUGUUCGAGCGCCGCAGAUGGCAAACUCAUUCUGGAACCUACUUCCGUGCGCUCAAGUCAACAACUACGCUCGACUUUCAAGACCAAGCAUGCGUGCUUUCUUCACUAUACUAG